AUGAAUUAUUGUAAAUUAAUAUUAAGAAAUAAUAAUACUUUAUGGAAAUGUAUAAGAGGAAUCAGGCAAAAAAAUGUAACAACACCAGAUGAUGUAAAUAAUGAAAAUGAAAAAUUAGAAAAACUUUUUGAAUUAGAUAAACCUUUUUAUGGUGAAAAAGAAGAAGAAAAAAAACGUCUUGAUGAAAUUAAUUUUGAUCAUAUACCAAUUGAAAAACAAGUUGUCAUUUUUUGUCCUGGCCAAGGUGCCCAAACUGUUGGAAUGUUAGAAGAGACAAAAAAAAAUAAUCCUAAAGCAUUACAAUUAUUUGAUAAGGCUUCAGAGAUACUUGGAUAUGAUUUACAGAGUGUUAUUGAUAAAGGUCCAGCAUCAAAAUUAAAUCAAACUAUUUAUACACAACCAGCAAUUGUUGUAUCAUCAUUGGUUGCCUAUGAAAAUUUAAAACUUCUUAGACCAGAUGUAGAGGAAACAUUAACACAUAUUGCUGGUUUUAGUGUUGGUGAAUAUACGGCUGCCGUCAUUUCUGGAAUUUUAUCUUUCUCAGAUGCUUUAAAAAUAAUAAAAUAA